UCUGUUGGAGGCACAUCGCUAAUCUACUCCACUCUUGUCCAAUUUUUCUUUUAAUCGAUUUUCACACCAGUGUUUUAAUGUCACGUCGGGAAAGACGCUUACCAAAAUGGAGAUAUCACAUAAAAUCAGUUGGGACCUUGUCCUGAUUUUGGCAGCGGCACUUACGUCACCUGCAAUCACGGUGCUGUGUAAUGACAUCCUGGGUCUGAAGGUGGCAGGAGAUCCAGUGCUGACCCCUACCUCUGUCUGCCUGCGGCUGGCAGGCCUGAGCAAGCGUCAGAUGCGUCUGUGUGUUCGGAGCCCCGACGUGACGGCUUCAGCCCUGCAGGGCAUGCAGGUGGCCAUCCACGAGUGCCAGCACCAGCUCAGAGAUCAACGGUGGAACUGUUCUGCCCUGGAGAGCCUCAACAAGCUGCCCCACCAGAGCGCAAUCCUCAACAGGGGCUUCAGGGAGACUGCCUUCUCUCUGUCCCUGUUGGCAGCGGGUGUGGCACACUCCGUGGCUUCUGCCUGCAGCUUGGGCAAGCUCCGUGACUGCGGCUGCGAGGCCAAGCGUCGCCUGGACGAUGACAAGAUCCGUCUCAAACUCACCCAACUGCAGCUGCAGACCCUACAGAGAGGCGGGGCCAGAGCGGGCAUGGGAGGGGACGGGGGAGGAGGCCCCCCCGCCCCCCAGGAUUUCAGAGAUGUGCCAGCCAGCCAGCGUUCUGGUUCUACCCACCCCACCUCCCUCCUCAAUCCCCUGCCAGAGGACUUCAGCCCCCAGCAGGAAACCUGGGAGUGGGGGGGCUGUAGCCAUGACACCCGCUUCGGUGAGAGAUUCUCCAGGGAUUGGUUGGACUCCCGGGGGACUCCGAGGGAUAUCCACGCCCGCAUGAGGAUCCACAACAACAGGGUGGGCCGACAGCUUGUGACUGACAACAUGAAGCGGAGGUGUAAGUGCCACGGCACGUCAGGCAGCUGCCAGUUCAAGACCUGCUGGUACGUGUCUCCUGAGUUCAGGCUGCUUGGUUCUCUGCUGAGGGAUAAGUUCCUCACCGCCAUCUUCAUCAACUCCCAGAACAAGAACAGCGGGGUGUUCAACCCCCGGGUCGCAGCUGGCAAUGGAGCCUUGAAUGGGGUUAGGAACGGGGCCGGAGUAGGAUCCAGAUCUGGGUCUGGGGGCGUGGGUAGCCCAAACAAUGUGGGUCGGCGGAGGCCGAGUGUGUCACGGGAGCUGGUCUACUUUGAGAAGUCUCCAGACUUCUGUGAGCGGGAGCCGUCCCUGGACUCCUUGGGCACCCAGGGACGGAUCUGCAACAAGACCAGCCACAGCAUGGACAGCUGCGGGUCCCUGUGCUGCGGGAGAGGGCACAAUAUCCUGAAGCAGACACGUAGUGAGAGGUGCCACUGCCGCUUCCACUGGUGCUGCUACGUGCUCUGUGAGGAGUGUCGAGUCACUGAGUGGGUCAACGUCUGUAAGUAGACCAGUAGCCUCCUGUACACACAAACCCACACAACUAAACCUUUCAUUUGGUAUAUGGGUAGACGAGGCCCAUCCAGGACUCUUACUUACUUAAUCAUCUUAAUGCUUUGGGAUGCAUGGGGCCACCACAAGAGAGAAAGAGUGCUACUAUUUCAAUUCAGCACUAGCAGCCAUCUUGGUAAGGGUUCCUGGUCAGACCACAGUCUUUGAUGUUCUUCUCAACUGUCCUCCAUGUUUCUCCUGGACAUUUUCAGGACACAGGAUGGCAAAAUCUAAAUCCACCCUUUAACUCUGUCCAAUGUACACACAUCCACCGAACCAAACCUUUCAUUUCAGUGUUUGUGUUUCUCUUUGCGUCAGUUAAGUCUCCCACAGAAUCGGUUUAUCCCCCGCUUCUUCUUCUCCUCUUUUUUUCCUUCUUUCCGUCAUCUGGGAUCUAUUUUCCCUUUGUUGCCUGUUGUUAUUCUCAAAAUGCCAAGUCAAAGAUUGAGGAAGAGGUGACUCAUGUCAUUUGUCUUUCUUUCCUCUGCCUGUUUGGAUGCAGCCCUUUCAGCCAUGAUAAUCAGAAUGCCCUGGACCCCAUCUGCUGUUCUGUUCUGCGCUCCCCUGGUCUCUGUUCAGAAACAAAGAACACUCAAACAGCAGUAAGGCAUUAUUAGUUCAACUAACUAAUGCCUAGGCUACUAUUACAGUGUACAGUUUUUGUGUAUAUGAAAAAUGUAUAUUAUUUUGGUGUGUGAAUUUAUUUAGACUCCGUUGCUUGGCAUCUGCUGUGUGGCACCAGUUUAUGAGAGGAACAUAUGAGACCCAAUGACUGAGUGUUUCUCUGCUCAGGAUGGUGAAAUUGAGCUGAAGUCGUAAUAGUCAACAAAGCCUGAACACAACAGUGGGAUGCUGGAAAACAGAUAAGUUAUGUCACAAGUUCUGAUAUGGAAUGUGGUAAUGAACUCCAGAGGACGAUUUUACUCAUUGAACAUUUUGCACCUGCACCUCAAUACUAAUCGGUUUCAAUUCUUUAAUUCCAAUUCUUCAUUGCAUGAACCAGGAGGAACUAAGGAAACAGAACUAAAGAGAACCAGGCAUGAUGGUUCCUCAACGUGUUUCUACCCAACAACGGAAUCAGAACCAGAGAGAACCAGGCAUGAUGGUUCCUCAACGUGUUUCUACUACCAACGGAAACAGAACUAAAGAGAACCAGGCAUGAUGGUUCUUCAACGUGUUUCUACUACCAACGGAAACAGAACUAAAGAGAACCAGGCAUGAUGGUUCCUCAACGUGCUUCUACUACCAACGGAAACAGAACUAAAGAGAAUCAGGCAUGAUGGUUCCUCAACGUGUUUCUACUACCAACGGAAUCAGAACCAGAGAGAACCAGGCAUGAUGGUUCCUCAACGUGUUUCUACUACCAACGGAAUCAGAACCACAAGUCAUCUAGUGGGGACAGUUUUUUUCUGUCUAUGGAUUUUCUUGGAGAAGGAAACCCAUGUCUGGCUCUUGGUUGAGGGAUGUUUUCGAUCUCUCGCCAUACUGAACUACAGGUCAUUUAGGGAAUACUGCACCUAGAACUGUACCACUCAUAACCAGGAAAUGACCACACACACUGUAUUAUUGCUGUUUCUUUUGUUUUGUGAUUAUGUUUUAUUUAGUGAAUCAAUAUAAUUAUUAUGUCACAAAUAUGCCUCUACUUAUUGUUGCCGGACGGAAAUUGUCUCAUUCCAUUGUGAGAACAGCGGUGAUUAUAGGUCUCUGCAUUUCUGAUAAGUUUCAAUGCUAUGAAAUGUGUGGGAAGUAGUAUAUGAGUGCCCACUUUGAGAGAAAGGUAGAGAAUUGGCACACAUGAAUUGAGUAUAUCAAACCCAGGCAAGGCAUGCUCUAGUCCCAUGACCUGGAUUAGGGAGCUGAUGGUGAGGUGGGGUGAGUUGUGGGAGGGUUGGAGGUUUUGGGAACAACCCACUUGGAAUAACUGGUUGAAUUAACAUUGUUUCAACGUAAUUUGUCAAUAUAUUGUGACGUGGAAUCUAUGUGGAAAAAACAUUUGAUUUGAAAAAAGUUUAAAAAAAACAACAUUCUAUUAAAUAGGCACAUUCUCCUCCUCUCC